AUGUUGACUCUGACCCCUGAAUUAACUGUGUCCUAUGAAGUCAAGAUUACAUUUAUGGCCCUCUCAGUCCUGGAGCUCGCAGUGGGGGUCCUGGCCAAUGCCUUCAUUUUCUGGGUGAGUUUUUGGGGUGUGGUGAAGCAGCAGCCAGUGAACAGCUGUGACCUCGUGUUGCUGUGUCUCAGCGUCACCCGCCUUCUUCUGCAUGGCCUGCUGUUUCUAGAUGCCAUGCACCUCGCCUUUUUCCAGCAAACGAAAGACCCACUGAGCCACAGCUACCAGAUCGUCAUCGUGCUCUGUAUGAGCACGAACCAAGUCAGCCUCUGGCUCACCACCUGCCUCAGCCUCCUCUACUGCUCCAAGAUCGCUCGGCUCUCCCACACCUUCCUGCUCUGCCUGGCAAGCUGGAUCUCCAGGAAGACCCCCCAGCUGCUCCUGGGGGGCCUCCUUUUCUGCUGCAUCUGCACGGUCCUCUGUGUGGGGGACUUUUUUAUCAGGUCUCACUUCAGAGUCCCUUCCGUGCUAUUCGUGAACAACACAGAGCUCAACGUGCACAUUAGAAACAUCAGCUUAUUUUACGCUUUCAUUUUCUGCAGUGUGGGGUCCAUUCCUCUGUUCCUGUCUUUUCUGGUUUCUUCUGGGGUGCUGAUUGUGUCCUUGAGGAAGCACCUGAGGACAAUGACAGCCCAAACCAGCAACGCCCGAGACCCCAGCCUGGAGGCCCACAUCCAAGCCCUAAAAGCUCUCGUCGCCUUCGCCUGCUUCUACGUGGUGUCGUUCUGCACAGCUGUUAUCUCAGUGCCCCUCCUGACAGAGUGGCACAACAAGAUAGGGGCGAUGCUUUGUGAUGUGCUGUUGGCGGCGUGUCCCUCGGCACACGCAGCCGUCCUGAUCUCAAGCAAUGCCAAGCUGAGGAGGACCAUGGACACCAUUCUACUCUGGGCCCAGAGCCUAGUGAAGGGAAGAGAAGGACGCAGGGGAGGCCCUGGGACGCCGUGCUGA